CAUAUGUCAAAGAUGUUCUAUUCCAGGACAAAAAAUGUCACGGAAUCCACGUGAAAAGGUGCUUCUGCUUGGAAAGCUCCUGGUGUUCGAGGGAAUAGACAGGUCGGGGAAGUCAACACAAGUGAAGUUACUCUCACAGAAGCUAACCGAUAAAGGAAUCGACCACAAACUUCUAAAAUUCCCUUGUUAUGAGACAGAAUGCGGUAAAAUGUUAGCAACACACCUAGCCUCUCAUGGCGCUGUCCGUUCUCGACGAUGUAUACACCUUCUUUUCUCCGCAAAUAGAUGGGAGAUGAUGAAGGAAAUUGUCGCUACAUUGGUUUCUGGCACACAUAUCAUUGUAGACAGAUAUGCUUUUUCUGGAGUUGCCUACUCCGUUGGAGCCGAGAAUCUGUCAUAUGAGUGGUGCAUUACAGCUGAUGAUGGGUUGUUAAGUCCAGAUCUAGUGGUUUAUCUCGACAAUCCAGCGGCUGUAAGCGCCGCACGUAGCAAUUUCGGCGAUGAAAGAUAUGAGCAGGAAGGCAAAUUGGAAGCAGUACGCCGAGUGUAUGAAGAGUUUAGCUCUCUACCAUAUUGGCAUAAGUACGAUGCUACGCUGCCACAAGAGGUAUUAUCUAAAGCCAUAUAUGAGAGGGUCGCAAGCGUGUUGCAGUCUGAACCGCGACGUCUCCAUGAUGCUGAACUACAUUUGCCCAAGGAUGUAACCAUUGAAACAAAUAAAGAUGUUCAUCUCGUCCCACCAUUUUAAUUAUAUAUGCGUCGAUUGCACUCAUGCAUAUAUGCAAAAGCGUUUGUCUCUUUGGGGAGGUUGUCUAAUAAGGAACCUUCCCUGAUUGUCACAUUUCAAAGUUGAUGUAUGGCACUGCCUGGAUCGGGACACAUCAUAAUGGUGAUUGAUUUCGUCGAUUCUGCACCAAGCUAUCUCCAAUAUAUUGUAUCAUGUCACAAUAUUCACCAGCAGAAACUGACUGAUAUGGAGGAGAUCAUUACACGCUUUUGGAUACAUCGCCAUGACGACUAUUGCUCACCGAAACGGUCUUAUUUUCAACACAUUGUUAAUAUGAA